AUGGUUCUGGAGCUCCAUGUCUGGGGUCCGGCCUUCACCCUGCCCUCGAUUGAGGCGCAAUGUCUCGCUACUAUAGCCUAUUUCUCUCUGGUCGUUCCCAGGGAUGCCUGGGUGCUGGUUGCAAGCAGCGACCCUACUGUGUCUCCCACCAAUGAACUCCCCGCUCUCAAGCAUGGAACGACAUGGGUCAGUCGGUUUCGGAAUAUCGUGGAUUACCUGCGCCAAUACUCGAAUGGCGAGUGGGAUCUGGACGAUGGAUUGAAUGGAUUGGAAAAAGCCGAUAACAUUGCAUUUUCCUCGUUCGUCGAGUCCCGCGGCCAAUCUCUCGUAGACCUCUCCCUCUACGUCACCAGCCAAAAUUACUACAACACGACUUCACCCGCCUAUGGCGCCAUCCUCCAAUGGCCAAACCAAUGGAUUCUCCCACCGAAGCUACACACCGCCGCAAAGGCCCGAACAGAGCAUCUAGGUCUCUCCUCCCUUGACCUUCAGGCUAUCGAAGAACAGCGACAACGCGACCACUCAGCCGCCGUGGCUGCCGGCCAAGUCCCGCCGACCUUCAUUCGGCGACCACGCGACACCGUCUCUAGUCUCCUAGGCAAGACCGCUCAGCAGAACCAGUUCAAGCUCGAGGCGCUGACAGCGGAGUUCUUCGAACCACUCGAAGAGAUCCUGGGAGCCAAGACCUAUCUGCUUGCAGGCUACGCAGCCUCGAGUCUGGACUGUCUGGCGCUAGGGUAUUUGGCUUUAGCCCUGGUGCCGGACCUGCCACACUCGUGGCUCCGGGAUGCGAUGCGCGCCAAAGCCCCGCGGUUGACGGAGUAUACGGAGCAAAUGAGACGCAGGUGUUAUGGAACCCCAGGAACUUCAGAACCCGAGCUGCCAUGGCGGCCGUCCGAACGACCCCAUCUUGCUGCAGUGGGUGCCACACUGUGGAAUACACUUGCCGACGCGAUCCCCAUCUGGAAGGAUGUGCGCACAUCCAACCGACUACGAGAGGCAGCCGAGUCGUCGGACUCGGGACUCUCCAAUACCGAGAGCAAGGCUCUAUCAGUGUAUGCCACCGGGCAGAAAAAGGAUGUGCUUAUGUCGAUCGUGGCUGUGGCUGGAGGGAUCGCCGCACUGGUCGCGUACAUGGUACACGAGGGAGUGUUUACAUGGGUGGAGGGAGAAGAUGAAGAGGAGGAAAAGGAAAACGAAGGGAAAGAAAAGUAUGAAAAAUAUAAGGCGGAGGAGAUAUCGCCCGAUUCGUAUAACGCGGGGGAUUUUCUAUCAUCGCUGAAGGUAUAA